UGACCACAAAGAACACCAGCCUUAUUCCAGAGAGAGAGGGAAAAAAAACACAUGGAGGACAUUGUCUUUCAUUGCAGGCGCAAAAGGCCGCAAAUCUACAAUUGCUCGCAAAACAGUCUUUCCAGCACAAGAAAAAUGGCCUCUUUUCGUACCUCAUAAUCGCCCACUGGAGGGAUGCUUACCGAAUCUCAGACACUUGCGUUUCACAGUUUCCAUAUCCAGAUGAUCCUUGCAACGACCAUGACUCUAUUUUCUAGGAAAGGAGGGGCCGAAAUCUACUACUUCCACUAUACUCCAGAUAGCGACGUUCCAAUAGCUGGAAUGAAGGGGAGGAGGAUCAGCCGUUUGAGAUCCCAUCAACAACCAACGACACAUGACUGUCACCCGAGCAUGGAAACGCUAGUCCGAAGUGGUUCUCUACCUUUGGCAGAAGCGCUGUCUCCAUCCUGUCUCGAUUGUGCGCUAUGUCGCCUCUCCUGCAAAAACAUCAGCCAACCUGCCUUGCCUAUUUCCUCUGCUCCUUCGCUUGUACCUUACAUAACUCCCAACUGAUAGUCAAGGCGCUGAACUGGUACUCCUACCAGGUGGCUCGAGAAACUAAGGACGAACUUCCAUCGCAUCUAUAUGACUUACGACAGCAGGUGUUACGCCAACAGAACUAUCAUUGCCCUAUAACAGGCAUGAUAGAAUCUGGGUACCCUAAGCUCUCCUCGGAGAUGACGAGCCUGCUUGCGGUCUUUCACAUCCUCCACAGACCCGUCCUAGAAGGCAACACCUCCCAACCCAACACACAGAUCGAUUUCUUCGGAUCCACCACUCGAGAAAUGAUACAGAACUAUAUCAAUCCCAAGUUGGACUGGGACAGAGUUCCAUAUGACGAACCCAGGAAUACUAUCGUCCUUGAACUCAACAUGUACACAAACCUCAGCCAUUUCUUGAUGUCGCUCAAGGCAACGGCAGUGAGUGAACCAUUGUCUCACAAUUACUUAUCUACACUGUGCAUAGAACCCCAACGAAUAUGCCGUCGAGAUGUACGGAGUACGUGUAUGGCCCAAUAAAUGAAUUCAUCACCUUCAAGGAGGGUACACUGCCCGACCCGCGAUACCUCCAUGCGUGGCAGACGUACUCCAACAAAGCGGCACAGGAAACGUCAUUGACAGGAUCCUCGAAUGUCUGCCCCGGAUACAGUAUAGUAGAUCUCCAGGGUGUCUUGGACUGAGGUACUACUCGCUAGUCACAGCCUUGCGAUUACCCGAGCUUGAUGAUGGAACCAUCGUUUAGUACUUAUUCUAUGCGAGCGCAUAGCUGGUGGAUGUUACGGAUUUAACAGCUUUCGGCCAUACACUUGGAAG